UUCAGAGUCGGACGUCCGACUGAAAAUUCCGCCAAAGCGGCCGCACGCCUACUACGACUACACUCCGGCCGAGGUACCGCUCCGGCCCGUCACAUCCGCGAAAAACAAAGCUUUCAUGGCAAAGACAGAAUCCGGACUGGUCUCUGGUUCCGCGAUGGAAUUUUCCGCGACGUCAUCUGAAGACGAGAGCGCGAAGAGGAUGAAAGCGAGCACCGAGAAUGGCGGCCUAUUUGGGUGGCUGGACCGAAAAGAAGCACCGCCCGAGUCCGAGGCUUCCGAGGAGCCGCUAUCGCCCGAAGAGAUUUUGCAUCAAUAUGAAGAGCUCGCGCGGGAAACCAGGAUGAAGCUGAUCCGCGAAACGCUGUGCCGAACUGAGGAGCUGCUGGAAAACGGCACGUGCCCGGAUUGCGGCUGUUUGAUUCAAAAACCGAAGCGAAACGUCGACGAGGAGGAGUCCGACGCGGAGUCCGUGCACAACGACGCAGACGUCGCGAAAAUCGCCAGUCUCGAGGAGCAGAAAUUGAAGCAGAAGAACGAAAUCGACAAAUUGAGAGCGGACGUGCGGAUCAAAAACGGGGAGCUGAAGGAGAUGGAGGACCAAAUUGUGCAGCAGAAAAAUGAGAUCGCGCGCCUGCAGAACGAGUGCGAUAAGAAAGACAUCCAAUUGGUGGAGCUGGGGACGAGUCACUUGCAGGUGAGCGAUCACCACGAUUUCUUGGUGAAGUCCUUGUACAACUGCUUGGAAGUGUCGGGGAACGAAAAACACUUCAAAAAGCUGUGUGACAUGGACAAGGACUUGCAGAGCGCGAAGGACCUAGACUUGAUGCAACGAACGCAAGGGGAAUUCCUGGUUUUCCUCGGCCUUCCGCCGGAAAUCGGGGAGCGGCUCGAGGACGCGAAGGCGGCAAGCUGGGCCAACUUGGAGAAAGCGUUGCUGGAGGAGCUGGCGAAUUGCUUCCCGAAAGUGCCGCAGGCAGGGCUGCAAUUCAAAGUUGAGGUGAGAGCCGUCGACCAUUUUCUACCUGCGCCGGCCAGUCGCGACGGGGUAGUGGCCAAUUCCUUGGCGGAUUUCAACCGGAGGUGCGAGCGGUUCUUCAGCGUAGGAAAGGAAUUUCAUGCCGUGUCGAUGUCUCUGAAUCCGGCGGAACAAUCCUCCUCCGGCGAGCAACAGGACGAGAGUGAGGACAUCAGUAACGAGAAGGGUGUUUCUCUAGGCGUGUUGUUCACACUGAAAGUGCCGGAUGCGAUGUCCUCGGUCCAUUUGGAACCGCCGGAGCCGCCCGUGGAUUUGUCCGCUCUCAACAUGGAAGAAGGGGGUUCGGAAGAGGUGGCUGCGGUGCCGGCUUCGCAGCAGAUUCCCGUCGGUUUGCCGGAAGGUUUUUACCCUGGGAAGGAGGUGGUCGGGAAAUUGUCGUCUUCCACCUCCUUGUGGGCGCGCUUCGCUCCCGUUCUGGUGAAAAACACGAAGGAUAUCCCGCUUCUUCCUUUGACGCCGGACGGCUCGCCCGACGACCAAGCGAACAACGCGCUGCUGCUGCCCGCGCACCUCGUCGACGAAGAUGUCUUCGCCCAGUGUGGGCAAAUGAAAUUCGUGUCCGCGCAGGAAACAACAUCGCGCGGAAAUAGAGCAACCGCGCAAGUACAGCCGCGACUCUCCGGGCCGACGAGGUUGUUGAAAGCGUCUAUGGGCGGGCGGGAAACCAACCCUUUUGCGAUGCUGGACCCCUUGCUCCAGCCGGAGGCGCCGAACCGACCGACCAUUCCACAGCGGGAACGCGGGAUCUUGCUCGUGCCGGACGAGUUUUCCAAAGCGUUCAAAGCCUACACGACAAGCGUUGUGAACCGCGCCGGCUUCGAUGAAUUUCUCCGGUAUCGGGUGUUGGCGAACCGCUUGACCUUUGACGCGCUGGUGCGGGAGUUUUCUGCGUUAACGCACCGGGUCCCCGAGGCCUGCGCCCUCGCGGGGAAGGAGAAGCAGAUUAUGGAAAGCCAGAUGUACUCGCUGUUGAAAGCCUUGCGGGAACUGGAAGCAGAGCACUUGUACCUGCAGCAGCAAUACGACGAGCUGGAGGUUUUCGCGGCGGGUCUCCGCGACGAGCUGGACCAGACCAAGGCGCAGCUGGCCGCGAUGAUGGAACAAAACGCGCAGCUGCAGGAGGAAAACGCGUCGUUGCAGGCCCAGUUGGCCAAGAUCGAGGCGGAGGCGGGCGAAUAUGGCGUUCUCAAACGUUACAUUCUCAACUGUUACAUGAUUUGUCAUGCAAAAUCACAAGUAGAAUUGAUACGAUCAAGCUGCUCCGCAUGACAAAUUCUCGAAGAGCCAAACAGGCUGAGAAUCUGUGCCAAAUCUGUCAUGCUAGACGCGCAACGUCACCUCUUUGACUUUUGCCAUUCUUGCAUCACAAAUUCAUGUAACAGUUGAGAAUGUAACAGUUGAGAACGCCAUAGCGAAGCGUUGACGCGUAUCAAACAGCUGGAGGAACUUCUGCGCGCCGCGGAGCAGGAGAAGGCGGAGCUGCUGUUGGCCAUCGAGGAGCUGCGGUCCCGGAUCGAGCAGCUCGAGCGCGAGGGUCCGAGUCGGGAGGUGCAGCAGGCGAUGGCGCAGCACGGCUUGAGGUCGCAGGACUUGAGCCACACGCUGGGGGGCAGCAGCGACGACGAUGGCAGCGGGUCCCCGAAGCGGCGGAAAAAGAAGGUGCGGGACCGGUCCGUGUUUGACCGGUUGUAUCAGGACGCGCGCAACCGCCUGAUUCGCCUGCAGGAGCUGCAGAGGCAGUUCAAGCUCGCGAUGGAGGAGCAGCGGUUGAAAAUUUUGAAGUGCGUGGAGGGGCACACCAGUCUGUUUCCCGAUUUCCUCUUUAUCGACGAAGACCUUUCGGACGUGGACAACCUGACUUCCUUCGUCCUCGAGCACUGCGGCGCCAGCGCCGUGCGGGACGGGCGGCAGGCGCACUGGAUGGCACAGACCGGCGGACGGCCGUGGAGCAGUCCGGCGCGACAGCAAGAGGGUAUGAACGCAGACCACGGCAACUACAACCGCACAUCCUCCGCAGGCACGAAAAACGGUAGUGCGAAGAACCGGACGUCAAUGGGCGGCUCUACGCGACCCGGUAGCGCAGCGGGUACGUGGAGCAGCCGGCCAAUGUCCCGCGCCUCGUCCUCUUCCGGCGCGCCCACGAGCGCGGGAGGGCAGGCUCUAUCCCGCGCGUCAUCGCCCCCGAGCCGGAUGGCCACCAAGAACAGGGUGUCUGGAACGUUGACGGUGAGUAACAGGUACGAAAACGCGCGGAACAGUCGGAAGCGCUUCCUCUACGAGGAUAUCAGUGCAAUGACGAACAGCAACAGCAAGUUACUGAAAGAGGAACUAAAGCCGUUGAUUCCCGUCACCCCUCGCGCCGCAACCACGAACAACAUGCAGGGAAUGCUUGCUGCCGUCCCGAACGCCGAGAGGCACCAGAGUAGCAGAAACGCAUCGGCGUCCACGGCAUCCGCGUUCGAUCCACGGAACUCUGGUACCGUGGGGGGUGAUGCGUCCUCCACAUCAGAGCAGACGACGGCCACUGCUGAGGCGAAGAACCGCAGUAGGAGCACGCGGAACAGUGCGUCCGUCGCGGUGUACCAGCCACAUCUUCCCGUUACUGCGGAGCAAGAAGAAAUGGAGGUCGAUGUUGGUCGUGAGGGUGCAGAUCACACUGCUUCUUCCCCGGCUCGACCGGGUUCGGCCAAUAUCGCACGCUCGCCGUCGUCGGCGGCCGCGCAGCGGCUGCUGUUUUAUCCCGACCGGGGGCCGGAGCUGUCGAUUCAUGAUCUGGUGUUACAUGCGCAGGGAAUCCAGCCGAAAUCGUUCCGGAUGCAAACACAGGAGGAAAAUGAGAAAAAGCUGGACAACAGAAACGAAAAAACUAGCGAUAGCCGACUGGGUCAGAACAGAAGCCCAAACAGAGUUGUGAGCAGGAGCAACGUCUCAUCUACUUCGCCAAACAAAACGGCGGUGACAGAAUUGCAACUAGAGUACCCAACAGCGAACGGAUCGUCUUCUGCCGUGAUGAGCAGUACAACGGGACAGUCGACCGAAAACACGACCUCUGCAACUGGAUCGCACAACAGGCGACCAUCUUCCGGUGGCGCCGCGAAUCUCCACCGCCGUUCACAGCUCGCCAAGCAACAACUGCAACAGAGCGGCAACGGCGGGCAGUUUGGGAUAAGGAUCAGCCACUUCGAUCGCGGCGGCAAAGAUAACGCAGAGAUGAAUCUCCUCGAACCGCCAGACUACGAGACAAUAGCGAAUCCGUUUACGCCCACGAACGAGAAGAGCGUCGGUGUAGAAGGUUUUCAGACGCCAAAGGAGGCGGUUCGCCCGUGGUCCUCCUCCUCCUCGAGCAGCAAUUUGCUUCUGCACAGUGGCGGAAAUAACUACAACUCCGCGGCGCAAGGGAAAACGGGGCUGUUGAUGUCCUUGCGACGCCAGGACAGUGCGCUGCGCAUGCGGAACCAAAUCAGUACCUCUGCUUCUGGUCGACAGCAGCGACAAAAUAAGGCUAUGGCCCCGUGUUCGCCAAACACGCAGGAUGGUGAGUCGAUUACCGUGGAGCCGGAUUUGCAGAUAUCCUCUUUGAGCCCGCAAAAAAGACCGGGCAAUUCGAAGUGGCAAGCACCGAACCAGCCGCGCAAGGUGUAUUCCGUGCCGGCAAAUCGAUCGAGCAUUCCGCUGGAUCGGGUUCUUGGUGCUCGCAUUCACUCCGCACCUACCAACGCGGAAUCCGCGCUUCCCGAGCUGCAACCCGGGGCGCGGCGCAGACCGCACACGGCUGGAGGGGCUUCGUCAUCCGGCGGAGCAAGUGCGCAAGCAAGGCCGCCAAGACCGAAGUGAAACAAGUUCAGAAACAAACCCAAUGGCAAUCCAAACCAAUGUAUGAAAAUUUUGAUCGUUCGUCGAAUGCUGCAUAUGCAUUACUUAUCGGUAGGCUUUUUUCGUUGAAACUCAGAAUCAGAAAUGGAGGUUUUGGGCGGUCUCACCACCGCAACCCGUAUUAAUCGUUAUCGUUGGUUUGUGUUUCAUUUGUUGGUCUAAAGUUUUUCCUGUAGAAUACUCCCUGACAUUCAGCUUCAGAAGAUGAGAACGAAGCACUUGUUUCUUGGACGUGGACCCGUAGCAAUAGGCUAUAAAAAUUUUCUGCUUCCGCGAUGCACCUGCAGGCGAUUCUCGCUGAUGUUUUGUCCUGUCUCGUGUCUCUUGGUCUGGUGUCUGUUGACGGAGAAACUGGUACCCAGCAAAAAAUCGUUCUUUUUGUGCUCAUCAUCGUAUCGUG